UGAAACCAACAACACAAAUGGAUUCCAAUCUGCUAUCCCCAUCGAUACGGAAACCAUGGGGAACCUGGGAAGGCUUCAGAUAAUAAUUGACCGUGUUCACAUAUAGAGAUACCGCAAGGACUAGCAGGAGUAUAAAACCGCACGCCCAACAUCAGGCUCGGCCGGGGGUACCCGGGUAGAUCGUGGUCGUCUUCUCACAGUAUUUCGUGUCUCGUAGACCGCGCAGGAAUCCUCCCCUCCUCGCUCUGUCCUCUCUUUACCGACGCCGUCGAGGGGUAAGGAACUGCACAGAAAGCAGCAUGGAUCAAGGGAUAGAGAUGAAGGGGUGCGUUUGCCGGAUCAAGAACUGCGCCGGCCAGCUUCUGUCGAUGGAGGAGGAUCUGGUGACAGAUCUGGAUGAUGACUCGUGGGAUUUGGUCUGGAGGGACCUCCGGCUCAAGGCGACCUUCUUGUACAUCGAUCUGAGCCGUGUAAUCUCCCGGAGCGAGAACGACGAGCGCAGGAAAGCGCUAACCCUUCUCGCCAACAAGUUCUUCUACUCCACGGAUGAGCUCGGUGAUGCGGUGACGAGCCGAAGCGUCCCCCUCGUGAGGAUGUGCUUUAACGACACUGCUCAGGCUCUCCGUGAGGUGGUCGCAGCGCUUACACCGCCACAGUAGCAUGUUGAGCUCAUGCCAUGUGCCCCCGCCCACAGCAUCACGCUGCAAUGCGUUGUUGGAAAGCAUGAUGAGACAGAGAUAGCAUUGUGGUGCAUCUUAUAUGAAGCAAGGAAAGGGGCACGUGUGAAACUCUUGGAAAUGGAUGAGUCUAUUAUGACUCUUAUGUAAGGAACAUAUGUGCCCUAAACUCACAUGGGUAUCUUCCAAAUGAGCAGUAGCUGGAGCACAUGUGUAUAUACAUGAUGAGAUUGUCUUUGCAGUUGAAGCAAGGCAAGAAAGAUAUCUCCAGCAAUAGAUAAAUAAAUCAUGUUUUCUUCUUUUGAUUUA